AUGAGACAACCAUCCGGGGAGAAGGAUGACGCUAUCGAGGCACGCCGAGAGCGAAACCGCCGAGCCCAGCAAGUCUUUCGCCGGCGUCGACAGGCCAACAAGGAGGCACAGCGGUGCCGAAUCCAGCAGCUCGAGAACACGGUUGAGGAACUGAGCAACGUGAUAAUCAGCUUCUGCGACGAGAUGACCGGUACUAAGGAGAUUGCGAGGGAAAAAAGGUUAAUGGCUCGACUCCAGCGCUGUACGGCCCAGGCCCUCGUCCUAGCGAGGUCGGUUUCCAGCACGAACGCAAGCCGCACGGUUCGAGAGACAGAGGACGAUGAGCAGAAGAUGGAAAAUUACAAAUACCCGACUAAGAAAGCGAAUCAGAAGAUUGCGGAUUCCGCCUUGCCACAGGCAUCCUCGUGUCAUCGCCCCGACAGCGCCGAUGCAAUAGCGCCUCCUCUCAUUGACCAAGCUUGGCUCCAGACACACCAACAUGACUUGGACACCAGCUCUUCUUUCCCGCUCCAUCUUGUCGAGACGACCAUCUCCCGAGCAUGUCUUUACCUCAACGGCGAUGUUCACAUAGCGGUCGAAGACCUGGAGCGCGCAUUCGGUUUCUCGCUGCGCCUCCAAACACGCCAGCAGCUCUUGGCUCACCUGCGGUGGUUGCUUGGGCCAGGCAAGGACGAGAUGCGUCAAGCGACGGGGAUCAACUGGAGCACAACGGCCUGGUCUAGAGGAGGCGGCGGUAGCACAGAUCUGUUUCGGCCGUUCGCAGAGGAUGGCAGCCCCAGCACAGACGAUGGCUCUGAAGACGACAUACAGCCCGAGUUCCUCACCGCGCUAGGAGUCCAGCAGCAGCUUGAGAGCCUUGGGGCCAAGGUCCUUGGCUCGGACUUGAUAGAGCUGAACAUCAGCGGGUACGAGUCCCUCCAGCUCCGUAGCACCGCGGACUCGAGCCCUGCUUCGCUCGGUGCUGUUCGGCCCGCACGCGCUCCCACCUCGGUGGGAUCAGCCGCCUUGAUAGUGUGGCUAAAUACAUCUCUUCUCGCGUCCAAUCUGGCCAACGUGGCCAUGUGCUUGGAGAAGGGACCUGUAUAUCCGCGCCGUGGGGUUGCCAGGGCGGUGGAGGCAUCUGUGAUAAUGGCUCAUGGGGGUGAAGCUGCUGACGUGGGGACUAUAUAUAAUGGGUGGGUUCCCAAACCUCGGGGUUCGGGUCCUUUCCCGACAUAA